AAGAUAAUAUAAACAGAUAUGAACUGCGCAUGUUCAGUAGUUGCGCACUAUCCAGUCCAUUUAAGCUGAAAUUUCCUCUUAAUUUCUCCAAUAACUGUUCGUUUACAUUAGUAUAAAUAUGUCCAUGAUGCUCAAAAGUGCGUUGCUCGUCUGUUUCUUUAUACUACUUUUGAAUGAAGCAUCUGUGCAGGACAUAGUUCAGGGUUUUAUCAGAGAUUCUGCACUUUUGCCGUGCCGUCUUGAGACCGGGCAACUAAAAGUCAACACUGCACACUGGAGAUAUAACGACAGCAAAAAUGUUUACGACAUACUAAAUGGCCAAGGGACGACGAAGGAGCAGGACGCAGAGUACAAGGGCAGAACUGAAACGUUCCCUGCAGAGUAUUCGAAAGGAAACUUCUCCCUCAGGCUUGGGAAUCUUCAGAAAAGUGAUGAAGGGUCGUACUGCUGCUUCAUCCCAAAUGCAGAGUUUGAUCUCAACAAAUGCAUAAAUCUUCAAGUCAGAGAGAAACCAAGAGGAAUCCAAGAGAAGCCAGGCUCAAACAGUGGAGUUGAAACCACAGCAGAGAGGAUUGUAUCUCUGUUAUUUCCUCUCUUCUCUGCUACUGUUCUGCUCUGUGUGUGAGUGGUGACUGCAUAUAGUUCAGCAGUGUGUGCUUUAAUUACAGUGAGCCUCGACUUGAAGAUUACAUUGCAUUGUGUCUAGCAUCUAGAUAUUAUUUAUGACAAACAAUUGGACACACACACACAAUUACAUAUCAGGCCUGUUAUAAUCAGGGUAAAUGCCAUAAGAAAAUGUCUGUUCACUGGACUCUACUGAAGUGGAUUCGGACUUUGGAUUUGGUCAUUCAGCUUGCAAAACAUUGCAAGAAAAUGUACAGUGCACAAAAGCAAUAAUUGUAAAAAUGGUAUUAAGAAACAACCUCUUUUCCAUUCAGAUAAAAUAUUGCAUCUACCCUGACAGACUCUAUAACUUUUUUGUUUUGUUUUUUAGGAAUCCUGAAGGUUUGAUGAAAUGUGAAAAUUGACAAAAUGUGAAUUGUUAACUGUUUACUAGUUUACCUUUGGCAGAUCAGUUCCACUAAAAUGUUUGCACUAGCUUUACGCAUUUAUUUAUUUAUUUAUUUAAAAUUGUAUCAUUUACAUUUGUUUUAAUUAAAUUUAUUUGACCCUUUUAAUUUAUUUUAUUCUAUAUGUUGAAUUUGACUUGUUCAAGCAUGUUGUGUUAACUCUGUUGUGUAAAAGUGCUAUGCAGCCUGAAAUAGUGCAAAUAAAUUUGUUCUGUUUGCUGUUUGAAGAAACUAGAUACACAAGUGAAUUGCAUUACUUUUGUCUACUAAGCAAGUCAUAAAAAGAAAGAAUUGUACUGGCUACUUAAGGAAGAACCUGACCCACAUGUAAAGCAACCAACUAAAG